CGUGCCUCGUGCGUUGUUUUCAGUCAGCCAUCUUUUCAUUCAUGUAUACUCGGUUUAGUUAAAUAAAGCUUAACUUCAAACCACAACAUGGUGCCAGAAGUGGUGAUUCGCUAAAGAUUAGGCUCACUCAUCGUUUGAGUAAGGAAAAUACCAGGUCGGUAUACUCAUUCUACACGAAAACAACAACGUAAACAUGGCCGAACUCACAGGACUUCCGAGCCCAUCGAUGGACUGGAACGCUUCUGAUUUACCUCAAGCCCUAAAAAAGUUCAAAGCAACAGCAGAGUUAUACUUUACUGGACCCCUCAGCUCCAAGAGUGAGGAGGAGAAAGUAAGUUAUUUGCUCAUAUGGUCCGGAGACGAAGGGAUUGAACUUGUGUCAACUUGGUCGCUAACUAACGACGACAAGAAAAAAUUGAGCACGUACUGGAAAAAAUUUGAGGAAUAUGUCGCUCCUAAGAGCAAUUUUCGACUGGCAAGGUAUAAACUACGUACUUUGAAGCAACAAGAAGACGAAUCUGUCGAUUCCUUCAUCAAAAAGGUCAGAAUUCUCGUUAGUGAAUGCAAAUAUGACAGUGUAGACGAACACAUAAUCGAUGCUCUAAUAUUUGGUUCAUGCCGCCCACGUGUGCAAGCCAAAUUACUUGAAUACGACGCUUCCCUAGCACUCAACAAAGCUAUUGACAUAGCUAGGACUGAAGAAGCUACCAGCUCUCAGCUCCAGGAUAUUAGAGGAAGUGCCAACCUCACACCUGUUCAUGCAAUAAAACAUAAUCCCCAACCAGCUCAGCGUAAAUUACAACCACAUGACAAAAACAGCCAUGUGGAAACUGUGGAACAUGCCACGAUACAUCUCAGAGAACUCUUUGCCCCGCGUACGGCACAAAGUGUAAUGAGUGUGGUCGACAAAACCACUGGGGCAAAGUAUGCAGAUCUAAAGGCAACAAGGACCAAGCCCCCAAAGGAAGAGCAAAUAGACACAGAAGAAAUAGACMGAAGAAACAAAUACAUUCUCUGGAUAAUGAUGCAGAUGACAAAACAGAAGAUGCAGAUGUGCCACAACUGUAUUUCAAUUCAUUGUUUGUGGACAGUAUGUCCCAACAAAACUCACAAGCCUUUGUUACCCUACACGUCAAUUCUACGCACGGAGCAUUGCCACUGA